AUGAGAAGAUCUCACGUUUCGUUGAUCAAGAACCAAACCUUAUUUUUAUUGUUUGUUUUUUCUUCUUUAUGUUGUUGUGUGUUACGGCCGAUCCAAAUGGGUUCUUGCAAUAUGCUAGUACCCAAUUUCACCCGGCCAAAAUUUAAAUUCAAUGUAAUGGAGCAGUCUCUAUUCUCUCUCAAUAUUUUAUAUGUUUAUUAUGUCAUGUCUGAAAUCAGAGAUUCUGCCCUAUACUUUGUUCGUCUUUUAUGGAUCUUUUUAAAAAUCUUAGAACAGAGUUGUUAA